GGGUUGGAUGAGUCGCUUCGUUUUUUCGCUUUUUCGAUUUUUAGAGUCGCUUUUUCGCUUUUUAGAGUCGUUUUUUCGAUUUUUCGCGUCGCUUUUUCGAGUUGCUGAUUUCGUUUUUUCGGUUUCGCUGCCGUGGAGCUACACCAAUGUUAUCAAGUGAAGCUGAUCGUCUACUGAAGCCGAAAAAGCGAAAAAACGAAACGAAAAACCGAAAAAGUGUGCCGUGGAGCCUGUACUUAACAUUUGUGCUUGUGUUUAUGCAUCAUUCAAUGUUAAACUUGCACCUACAUAGCAGAAGCUCACCAAUUAUCAUUGAUGACUCUAGAAAACCAUAAUUAAGUUUGAAAAUCACUUAAUAGCAAAACAUUGCUGAUAUGAAUACUAAUAGUAGUCCAAACACCACUACACAAAUACAUUCUGGAAAUGCCUAUUGUUUGCUAACAUUUGUCAACCUGAUUUUGAUUCACUGGUGAUAAGCUGCACUACAAAUACUUUGAGGUAGCAACUGAGCAUGUUUUCUUUUCUGUAUGAAGCAGACAUACUGCUCCAUUUUGAUGUUAAAUUUUGAAUGCUGAUCUUUUUUAGGGUUAUUCCAGACCUUAAAAUAAUUUGAACUGAAGGGAAAGCUCAUGCUCAUGAUAUCUACCUACCUAACUUUACCAGAGGAAUUCAGUAAAUAAGAUAGUUAAAAAAUACACUUCAUCUUACUGUGCUUGUGAGAAUGUGCUAACUUCGUCAGAAUGACUCCCUGCAUCCUAGUAAUAAACGCAACACAUGCUGUGAAAAUUUCUGCCACCAUUGGAAAUAAAAGUGAAGUUGACUUGGUAAGGAGGGGUCCCUAGCUGGCCGGGCUGUGGCAGCGCCAAGAAGCUUCCACUUCACGAUCGAGGGCCGCCAGACCAGCGGCAAUGUGUCGCGCUCAGCUCAGAUCUCGCGCGACUACCCGGUGGUGGACCACACGUACGACGCCGUGGUGGUGGGCGCCGGCGGCGCCGGGCUGCGCGCCGCCUUCGGCCUCGUCGAGGAGGGCUUCCGCACGGCCGUCAUCACCAAACUGUUCCCGACCCGGUCGCACACGGUCGCCGCGCAGGGCGGCAUCAACGCCGCGCUGGGCAACAUGGAGGAUGACAACUGGCAGUGGCACAUGUACGACACGGUGAAGGGCUCCGACUGGCUGGGCGACCAGGACGCCAUCCACUACAUGACCCGCGAGGCGCCCAAGGCCGUCAUCGAGCUGGAGCACUACGGCAUGCCCUUCAGCCGCACCAACGAGGGCAAAAUCUACCAGCGCGCCUUCGGCGGACAGUCGCUCAAGUUCGGAAAGGGCGGCCAGGCGCACCGCUGCUGCUGCGUGGCCGACCGGACGGGCCACUCGCUGCUGCACACCCUGUACGGACAGUCGCUGCGCUACGACUGCAACUACUUCAUCGAGUACUUCGCGCUCGACCUGCUGAUGGAGGAUGGCGAGUGCCGCGGCGUCAUCGCGCUCUGCCUCGAGGACGGCUCGCUGCACCGGUUCCGCGCCAAGAACACGGUGCUGGCCACCGGCGGCUACGGACGCGCCUACUUCUCGUGUACCAGCGCGCACACGUCGACCGGCGACGGCUCUGCCAUGGUCACGCGCGCCGGCCUGGCCAACCAGGACAUGGAGUUUGUCCAGUUCCACCCCACUGGUAUUUACGGCGCCGGCUGCCUGAUCACUGAGGGCUGCCGCGGCGAGGGCGGCUACCUCAUCAACUCGGAGGGCGAGCGCUUCAUGGAGCGCUACGCGCCCGUCGCCAAGGACCUGGCCUCGCGCGACGUCGUCUCGCGCAGUAUGACCAUCGAGAUCCGCGAGGGCAGGGGCGUGGGUCCGGAGAAGGACCACGUGUACCUGCAGCUGCACCACCUGCCGCCCGACCAGCUGGCCGCCCGGCUGCCCGGCAUCUCCGAGACGGCCAUGAUCUUCGCCGGCGUGGACGUGACGCGCGAGCCGAUCCCCGUGCUGCCGACGGUGCACUACAACAUGGGCGGUGUGCCGACCAACUUCCGAGGACAGGUGAUCCAGCACGUGAACGGCGAGGACCAGGUGGUGCCGGGCCUGUUCGCCGCCGGAGAGGCCGGCUGCGCCUCCGUGCACGGCGCCAACCGGCUGGGCGCCAACUCGCUGCUGGACCUGGUGGUGUUCGGCCGCGCCUGCGCGCACGCCAUCGCCGCCGACCACCGGCCCGGCGACGCCAUCGGGCCCGUCAGCGAGAACGCCGGCGAGUCGUCGGUGGCCAACCUGGACACGCUGCGCCACGCCGACGGCACCACGCCCACGGCCAACCUGCGCAUGCAGAUGCAGAAGACGAUGCAGAACCACGCGGCCGUGUUCCGCACCGGCGAGGUGCUCCAGGAGGGCUGCAACAAGAUGGCCGAGGUGUACGAGAACAUGGAGGACCUCAAGCUGUCUGACCGCGGCCUGGUCUGGAACACGGACCUGGUCGAGACGCUGGAGCUGCAGAACUGCAUGCUGAACGCCAUGCAGACCAUCUUCUCGGCCGAGGCGCGCAAGGAGUCGCGCGGCGCUCACGCGCGCGAGGACUUCCAGCACCGUAUCGACGAGCUGGACUACAGCAAGCCGCUGGAGGGCCAGCAGGAGGUGCCGCUGGAGCAGCACUGGAGGAAGCACACGCUCAGCAAGGUGGACAUCGCCACUGGAGAGGUGGAGCUGACAUACCGGCCCGUCAUCGACCACACGCUGGACGACCGGGAGUGCGCCACCGUGCCGCCGGCCAUCCGCUCCUACUAGACGGGCGCGUGCCGUGCGGCCGACCGGCCCGGUCUGCCGCACAGGCCGGGCGGCGGCGCACCGACGGCGCCGGUAUUUAUGUCAGAGACCAUAUUGAUGUGUUGCGUGUGUAAAUACAUGACCUCUGUGAAGUUGGGUGAGUGAAAGUGCGAUGUGGCUGUUCAGUUGAGACGACUGGCUGGCGCCCAGUCGCACACACGGUGGUAUGGCACUUCAGUAGCGACGUUAUGGGCUCAUUUCAGGUGUGAUGUGAUAUUGUAGAUCAGUGAAUACAUGCUUUAAUGCCAUCCAACCACA